AUCUGUGCUCUCAAAUCAGACAUAAAGGCAAUGAAUACAUACAGAGGCAUUUAUAGGAGUUUGACAACUAUUCAAAACAAUAGACUUUUAGUGCUGCAGGUGCUGAUUGGGUUUAGGUAGAUAGGUGCUAAUUGUGCCAGCCUAGAUGAGACAAGGAGUGGCAAUGGGUGUUGGUGUGCUUGAGUGGAUUCCCAGGAAGAAACAAGGUUCAGGAAUUGGAUAAUUCCAUGACCUUUUUCUAUGCCGAGAGAUUAAUUUAUUGUUGGGUGAAUGGAGGUAUUGUGAGGGCAUUACACCUGCUGCUUGAAGGGAUGAUGGAAUUUGCCUUGUGUUCACCCUUGGUGUGUGUAAGUGUAUGCUUGUGCAACUGUGGAUCUGAGGAAGUUAGCUGGACCUGGCUUCUGGGGGAAAGGGGUGGUGGUAAAUAUGAUGUGUGGUUUGAAUGAAAUUGUAUGAAAGGUGUAUGCUUGGGGUUUAUAUAGAAGCUAAAGAUGCCAUCCUAAGAAAUGAAGCCUGGAAAACUACAAAAGGAAAAAUUCAUGAACUGUAAUUAAAAGUUGCAGAUGAGAACUGCUGAAAUGCUGACACUGAUGACCAGAGACAAAUGAUUAACUCUGGGUGGAAAACAACAUGUUUGCAUUACCAAAGACAAUGGUUCUUUUAAGUAAGGAAGUGUCUGCAAGGUUCCUGAUGUUAAGAAGGAAGUCAAAGAAGGCUGGUUGAGAAGGAAAACCAACUAUCACUUAAAGAAGAAAAGUCAACAUCUGUCCAGGAACUGAUGGAGUCAGGAUGUUUUAGCUCCCUAUCAUUUAUUUACAUCUUUCAGAACAACAUCAACAGAAAUGUUGCUAUAUAAGAGACACUUUACUAUUCCAAAAACUGUGGCAGGCCGGAGGAGUCACCUGCCUUUUUCUCUAAGGGAUGGAGGAAGAUGGUAUAUUUGCAGAAUGGCAAAUUUGCUAGGAAUGCAAUAUUGUUUACUUUGGGGUCUCUUUUCCAGGAGAAGGAAGAAGAGAUGGUAAUAUAUUAAUGAUGAGGAGUGAAUGCUUAUAUGUGUGUGAAUGUUGAGUCUGUGUGUCUACUUUCUUUAUCUGUUGUUCUGUGAUAUAUUCUGUCCUGCUAAGAAUAAAAUAAAAGAACAUUUUUAAUACUUUAUAAAGUUUAAAACAUAUUCAUGACCAAGUUCAUCUAUAGACUAUAAAAUCCCUGAGGCCACAAAUAUUGCCGUCCUUUUGGGAUUCUCCGUUUUUGAUAACAGUUUGACACCACUCUUCUACCAAAGACUGUGAUGGCUCAAUGCUAUGAAACCCAUGAGUUAUAGUUUCACAAGGGCUUUAGCUUUCUCUACCGAAGAGAUAUGGUGCUCCGUUAAACUACAACUCCCAGGGAUCAGUUUGAACCCACUUUAACUGAUAUGGCUCAAUGCUAUGAAAUGAGGGAGUUCUAGUUUGGUAAAGCAUGGGUACUCUUUGCUAGAGAGGGCUCGCAACUUUGUGAAGCUACAUCUCCCAGGAUUGAGUCAUGACGGUUACCGUGCUCUCAAGGGAGAGAAAAGCUCAAUUUUGUAUUUGCAGUUGGGAAGGAAAGGGUGAAGGUUUGCUUCCCUUCUGGGACGCUCAGCCCACAAUGGGCUGCAGCAAGUAUAAAGUGCUUGUCCACCUCAUUGCAGAUUAAAUAAUAUAUUUCCAAGGCACCUGGAGAAAACAGAGACGGAUGAAGACUGAAGUUUCUUGUGUUACCUUUAGUACUACACAGGAUUGUUAACACACACUCCCUUGCUCAGCUCAACAAUUUGCACAUUUUUUUCUCAUUCUUUGAGCUAUAAAAAGGUGGUUAAAUUGAUGUCAGUCAAGCAGAAAAAGGAGAAGAGCCUUGAAGAACCGUUGUGCUUCUAAUCCUGCCACUAAUCAUUCUUCAGGAAGGUUUGUUCUGAGAACAAGAAGAUGUGGAAGAUCCUGGGAGUUCUAGCCUUCUGUGGCCUAUUGAGUCCUGCUGAUGGAACAAUUCCGGGCAUUAGUGUUGCUUUAUCUGAUGACGAAAUGUCUCAAGCCUUUAAAGAGACUUUAACCCAAGACGAUCUUCUAGCGAAUCACCUGAAAGGCCUUACACUUCUUGACAUCAAGUAUGGCAAUGUUGUUGGGCUUAGCAUUGUGAAUGUCAAUCUUCCGGCUGUUAAGGUGGUCUUGCUCGACGGGGCAGCAGAGGUGAACCUGUAUAUUAAUCUGAUCAUCACUGGCGAUGCGCUCCUGAAAAGACCCUCCGGUUUACUUUCUAUUUCAGUGGAUUUGCAUGUUAGAUUGAUAUAUCGUUUAGAAAACUUUUUGGAUAGUGAAUUGGAUAUGAAAGUUUUUGAGUGUGCGAUUCUAUUUGAAGCCGUUGACACCAAACUCUACGGCGACAGUGUGCUUCCACCGUUAUUGAGAACACCUCUCCAGCAAUCUCUUGUGACAGAUUUACAACAGCAGAUAUGCAAUAUCCUGCCGAUUGUCUUUGAUCAGGUCGAGCAGAUAUGGACAGAUGGUAUCAAUGAGGUCAUUUCCCUUGGCCCUUAUGGAAAUGUGAUGUUUCAGUUGGCAGAAUUGCCUUGGAUAACGCCAAAAUAUCUUGGAAUAAAUAUUCUUGUUUCUUUCCAGUUAUCAGAGUCAGGCAUAAUCAUCUCCAUCCCCAAGUCGGCUGCCACGAUCGAAGUGCCUUCUCUGGAUGGCCACGACUACUGCGUUGCUUUCCACCCAGAAGUGUUCAAUAUUCUACUGCGUGUCUUUGUGCCCAAACUGCCUUUGGAACUGAGCAAUAGCCCAGCGGUGUUCUCUAAAGCUGAGGAGCUGAAGAAGGCGAUUGUGGCUUUGCUUCCACUUUGGGUUCUUCCAGACCUCCCCACGCAUGACUUCCAUCUUAAAAUAAUUAUUAGGGCAAGCCCACGCAUUGUAUUUGACAAGAAUGGUAGUACUGUGACUCUCCUUCUUGAUGUUGGGGUCUUGGCCAAGAAAAAAGAUGAAUCUCAACUUUCAGUAGCUGUCUUGAGAUGUAUCGUUUCCUUGAAAGCCACCUUCUCUCUGGUUGAUGCCAAACUGACUGUGAACCUCUCGCUCUCCAAGAAUGUUAUUUCAUUGGUAACCUCAGGCGCUGGAAUCCUCCAUCUUGCUGGUCUUCAGGCUCCCAUCAACAACUUAAUAGAGGAAAUCGUUUUGCCUGCUUUCAAUGAGCCUCUUUCUUAUGGUUUACCGCUGCCUGAAUUCCUAGGCCUUCCUCUGGUGAAUGUGGCUAUCAAAAUGGUUGGGAACGCCCUUGUGAUCUGCAAGUAAGAGCAGAGGACUGGUCAAUUGGAAGCAUCUCUGAACAAAACCAACAACCAGCAGAAGACACAAAACCCUUCCCUGAACAUUUUUGUUUUAUUGAUCUAACUUGAUUCCAGUUGAUUUUUGUUCUUGUAAGUCUCAUGUCAUUCUUCCAAUAAACGUAUUGGCUUCUGUUAUCAACUUAUAA